AUGGCGCACAUUACCGGCGGCUGGAAUCCUUUGGGGGAAGUGUUUUUCAGAAAGUUGGAGUUGUACAGUAUGGAUCGAAGCUGGCAAGAACUCGCCAAACUGGAGAAGUUCAAGGUGGCUGCAGCCCCCUAUGGUGGACCCAUUGCUCUUGUACGUGAUGAGAGUAAGAUGACGCAUAUCCCUGGCAGCACUCGUCCAACCGUGUACAUCUACACCUCAUCCGGCCGUGAGAUCUCUCAGUUCAGAUGGAAUAGUGGUAAGUUGCUAGACAUGGGUUGGUCCAGCUCGGAGGAUCUCCUUUGCAUCCAAGAAGAUGGUACGGUCCUGGUCUAUGACAUCUUCAGUAACUUCAAGAGAAACUUCAGCUUGGGACAGGAGGCUCGAGAUACCAAAGUCUUGGAGUGCAAGAUAUUCCAGGGUUACGUUGGCACGGGAUUGGCUGUACUGACUGGCAGUUACCGAUUCUUUGUCAUCAAUAACAUUGAGGAGGGACACAGUCGCAAGAUGGUUGAAGUGCCGGACUUGGACUCCCCGCCGAGUAGCUGGUGCAUUAUCUGUAGAGACAGACACACUCAGAUCUUACUAGCCAAGGAGAAACGAUUAUUCCUGGUGGACUACACAGACGUACACGAACAGACGCUUACAACCAGCAGUCCUGUCAAUGCCUUUAUUGAGAUGGCGGUGUCCUUUGAUAACCGACUCCUGGCCUUGUUUGGCGACACCGGCCUUCUGUGGACUGGUUCAUCGGACCUGCAGAAGGUUUACUGUGAGUUUGACACCAAGAGUCAGAAGCGCCCCAAGCAGCUAGCUUGGUGCGGGACGGGGGCCGUAGUGGGCUACUGGGAGAAUCUACUGCUCAUCAUUGGACCACACAAAGAUUGGAUCAGUUUCAACAUGAAAAGUGAGGCGUACUUGAUCCCUGAGGCUGACGGUUUACGCAUCGUAGACAGCGCCACCCAUGAGUUACUGCAACGGGUACCAGUGGUUGUGGAGGAGAUAUUCAACGUAGGGUCCAUAGCUCCCGGAGCGCUGCUUUUCGAAGCCUCAAAAGAAUUCCAGAAAAAAAGUCAGAAAGCUGAUGAUUACAUCCGAAUGGUCAUGGCAAAGGGUGAUUUGCCAUUGGCUGUGGACCAGUGCAUCGAGGCUGCAGGAUGCGAGUAUGAGCCCGCAACUCAGAGGAUACUCCUCAAGGCCGCGUCUUUUGGGAAGUGUUUUCUGACCAACAUGAGCCCGGAGAAGUUUGUCAACAUGUGCAAGAUGCUUCGAGUCAUCAACUCCGUACGGGAGUACCAUGUAGGAAUGCCGCUAAGCUAUGAAGAACUCAAGAGACUUACAUUACCAGUGCUCAUUGACAGAUUGAUCCUGCGUCGCCAAUGGUGUCUUGCCAUGCACAUCAGUCGCUUCCUCAAGUUGCCAGAGGCAGAGGGGGAGAGUAGGAUACUAGGGCACUGGGCUUGCUACAAGGUUCUACAGAAGCACAUAGCCGAUGAGACGAUAGCUCAAGACAUCAAGAGCAAGUUGGACACGGCGCCGGGGAUUGCCUACUCAGAGAUUGCUAAGAAGGCAUCGGAAUGCGGCCGCACCCAACUCGCUGUCAAGUUAUUAGAGUACGAACCACGAGCAGCCGAACAAGUCCCACUGCUGAUGACAAUGAGGGAUCAAAAAGUAGCACUUACUAAAGCAAUUGAGAGUGGCGACACCGACCUAGUGUACUUGGUACUACUCCAGAUGCAAGAGACCAUGCCUAUGGGAGACUUUCUCAUGUCUCUGCGUAACCAGCCAAUGGCACAGAGCCUCUUCAUGCAGUUUUGCCGGGAGCAGAAGCCCACCUUGUUGACGGACCUGUACUAUCAGAACGAUGACUUCCAAGAGAUGGCAAACUGCCAAGUUGCUGACAGCUUCAAGAUUACGGAUUUUCAGCAGAAGACGGAUAAGCUGAAUGGAGCACAUGACAACUACACUAAAGCAAGAAAUGAAUUUGCUGCCAAGGCAACAGAAGAGCAGAACAAACUCCUCGGCUACCAGCGACGCUUGGAGGAUCAAUACAAAGUGGCCUACAUCGGCAAGUCACUGCAUGACACCAUGCACGAACUGAUCUCUAAGAACAUGAGCAAGCUGGCCGAGCAACUCCGGAAGGAAUUCAAGGUCCCGGACAAAAGAUUCUGGUGGCUGAAAAUUGACGCCCUGGCCAACUCAGGCGAUUGGCUGGAACUUGAGAGAUUUGCAAAGAGCAAGAAAUCUCCCAUCGGAUAUGAGCCCUUUGUUGAGGUCUGUAUGAAUCACCACAACAAAUAUGAGGCCAACAAGUACAUAGGAAGAGUGGCAGCAGAGAACAAAGUCAAAAUGUACAUCAAAAUGGGUUCUUUGGAAGAAGCCGCGGAUCUUGCCUUCCAGCAGAGGAGUGAAGACGACCUGAACCAAGUCAUGCGACAAUGUCUCGGUAACCGGGCCCUGACUGCCAAGAUCCAAGGCAUGAAAGCACAGAUGUAUUCCAAGAAAUGAGUGGAUACCAGCGACAUAUUCAGACAAGGAAGCCAUCAUUGUCUGGUUCCCUUUGUCGCAAGCCUGCUACAUAGUGCUGAUUCUUAAGAAAGCGGCACCAGACUGUAAUUUUUAUACCAGUGCUGCAAUGAUAAGAUGAAUUCCUUAUAAAGGAAAAUUCCAUGUUGUAGGAAAUACACCACAAUUCAGUAUAAGUCCAUCCCAACUCCUCCAGUCUCAAGUCAAGUCACAAAUUAUUCAAACAAAUUUUGACAAAGGUUUUCCCAUUUUUAUACUCUACUCCCUGUUAAUUUUAACCAGACUUGUUUUUUUUUUUGGGGGGGGGGUAUUUUAUUGGAUAUUAUUGAAAUAGUAGACAAAGAAGGCGUAUUUUUUUCUAUAUUCAGACAAAAAUAAGUGAAUGAUACUUUUUUGUACUUGAUUGAGCUUGUACAAAUCAAAUUUUGACUUUUAAUUAAAUGGAUGAUGAAGGGUGGACUUUCACAUCCCAGGUAAAAAAAACAACAACUUUGAGCCAAUGGAUUUCUAGGUUCCUGAAAAUUACUGAGAGAAAAUGGCCGACAUGGAGUCGUGGUGUGUAGAAAUAAAAUGGGCAAUUGCCACAAAAAGCCGAUAUCAGCCCUCAAAAGAAUGCCGCAUAUGGCAUGGGUGCGGCAAAAAGUCAUAUGGGGUCAUUUCAUUAAAAAUGCGAGCUCGAACAAACGCACUCUGAAGUCUGCGCACAGGGCGGCUUACAUGGCACACACCGCAAAUGUAAAUUUGCCACGGAAGUGGGAUGUAAGUCACCUGUGCCAGAAUUCAUGGUGCGUUUGCUUCCAGCAAGUUUGUGAUCUACUUUUAAAGAAAUUGGCUUUCAAGUAAGCAAGCCAUGAAUAAGAAGCACAAGGAAUUAUAUAUAUAAAAAAGUGCUUCCUGCACACGUAUGGGAAAAAAAUAUUAGCUAAAUUCAGAUUUCAUUAAAAAAAUUCAAAAAAGCCUUGAAUUCGUUCCUCAACGUAUUGUUAGAUUUGUAAAACAAUAAUGCCAAAUAAAACCCUAAUAUUGUCUGGAUAAUGAGUGAUAUUGAUCGACAGGGAUACAUCCUAACAAACACAUUAAGGAAAGAAUGAUGUUGAAGGCCCUUUGGAAUCCAUAAAUUUACUACCGAGGGAACAUUAUUUUGUCAUUAUUUGGUAAACAUGACAAAUCCUUUAUGAAACAAUUAGGAUCCUUUCAUUUGAUUGAGAAGCCUUUAUUUCUCCAUGACUUGAAAUGUUAUGAUUAAUUCGAGUCCAUUAUUUUGUCUGGCUUUCUCUCAUAAUGCGGAAGUAUGAAAAAUAAUUGUAUGACAUUGUUGCAUUUCAUAGUUUACCCUUAUAAAUGUAUAUAUGCAUGUAAAUAUAUGUAAAUCUGUCACCAUAUUGAAAUCAAGAGAACAGUAAAAAGGUUGUAUUAAAUGCUAGAACGUGAAUUCUCUUUAAUCCUUGUUUG